GUGUUUGAAUAAAGAAGAAGAAGGAGGAGGAGGAGGUGACCGUGUGCUAGUUCCCGUGUCCACAGUGCGCAUGCGCGGCAUCCACACAACAGCUAUUACGGCAAAAAAUGGCGGCCGCCGUUGAGAAUGUUGUUAAAGUAUUGGGUGAACAAUACUACAAAGAUGCCAUGGAGCAGUGCCACAACUACAAUGCCCGGCUGUGUGCAGAGAGAAGCAUUCUCAUGCCUUUUCUGGACUCCCAGACUGGAGUAGCUCAAAGCAACUGCUACAUAUGGAUGGAAAAAAGACACAGAAGUGCAGGCAUAGCACCAGGCCAGCUGUACACAUAUCCCGCCCGUCGCUGGAGGAAAAAGAGGCGAGCACAUCCACCAGAAGAUCCUGCUUUGGUUUUCCCCCCACUUAAAACAGCGGAUCUGGAAUUAGGGCUGAAAAAAGAUGUGCUGGGGACGUUGGAUGGUAGCAGUCUGGAGGCCUUGCUGAAAGGAGAACCUUUGGAUAAGAGAGCCCCUCCAGAACUCAGGGGCCCAGAGGAAGAAACCAAUUUAACUGAAAUCACCGGAGCAACUGGGGCCAGUAGCCACAGCACCUCCACACGUGUCCGAAAGAGAAUCUUGGAACCAGAAGAUUAUCUGGAUGACUUGGACGAUGAAGACUUUGAGGAGGAGACUCCAAAAAGACGAAAAGGAAAGUCCAAGGGUCGUGGAGUUGGAAAUGGGAAGAAAAAAUUGGAAGCUGCUGCAGCAGCACUAGAAGACCGCGAUAAACCUUACGCCUGUGACAUUUGUGGAAAGCGCUAUAAAAAUAGGCCAGGCUUGAGUUACCACUACACCCACUCUCACCUGGCUGAUGAAGAGGGAGAGGACAAAGAGGAGCCUGAGAUCCUCCCCCCUCCACCACAGGAGGAGACAAAGACCCCUAAGAAAGGACCUAAUGGCUUGGCACCUCCAAAUGAUUACUGUGAUUUCUGCCUGGGUGACUCGAACAUGAACCAGAAGACUGGCCAGUCUGAAGAGCUUGUCUCCUGCUCUGACUGUGGUCGUUCAGGCCAUCCUUCUUGUCUGCAGUUCACUGCAGUGAUGAUGGCAGCAGUGAAAACAUACCGCUGGCAGUGUAUUGAAUGCAAAUGCUGCAAUGUUUGUGGCACAUCUGAAAAUGACGAUCAGCUUCUGUUUUGUGAUGACUGUGACAGAGGAUACCAUAUGUACUGCCUCUCUCCCCCAAUGUCAGACCCCCCAGAAGGAAGCUGGAGUUGUCGCUUGUGUCUGGAUCUUCUGAAGGACAAGGCUUCCAUCUACCAAAGCCAGAAUACUACAAUGGAGUGAAGCUCACAACAGGACUGCUCACAAGGCCUCACAAGAACACACGUUUCAUUCUUUUUCCUCUUAUAUCCACAGUUAAAGUCCUCUUUACACUACGUGAUGUACACAUCCCUCUGCUCUCGACUCCUUUCUUCCGUCACUGGCCUGAGGCGAGGCAUGGCGUGGCUGAAGGGACUGUGCAGUAGCUGAAGGAGUUUGGUGGAAGGCUAAAGGAGGAAGAACACCUCACUUUUUUUCACCUCACUGUUUUAGUAUACUUCUCUGACUGUUACACAUUUCUACAGAUCUUAAGUGUUUUUAAAUGAACUGAGCACACUAAGAAAAGGAAUGAGAUGGAUUAUUUUUCAUAGAUUUAGCUCAUUAAUGGAUAUUAGAGCUGAUUAUUUGAUUAAGUGUCUGUUUUUAUCUGUUGCCAAUUUUUAUGUUUGCUUGUUUACAAUGCAUGUCAUUGAACAAAAUACAUGGCCUUAUUCCAAGAUAUGAUGGAUUUUAUUAUCUGUGUGUAUCUGAAGUAUACCUCUGUUGUUGUAACCCUCCAUGGUGCCAAGGUCCAAAGGUUCAAGGUCCAAAUUCACUUUUUUCCCUCUUUUUUUUCUUAUGGACAUUUGAAAAAGUAAAUGUCAAAUAUUGCUUUUGCUCUAUAUGUGUAUGAUGGGCAGUAUGCAGCUAUAAUCUUUAGAAAAAAAAUCUCUAUAUGAAUAAACAAUCAUAUGGGGAUGAGCAUAUGAUUUGUACUCACACACAGAUACCCUCACAGAGGAAUUUCUGAAGGUUUAUCUUUUUUAGUACAAUUUUGUACAUUGUAUACAUUAUAUAGCUGGUAUACUAACCAUAUUUAAUGAUUGUGUACUGUAACCUUUUUGUAUUUGGUUCUGUGAUUUUUUUUUAUAUAUAUAUAAAUACGGUGGAACUUGGUUAGUGUUUGGUAAUGAAUGUAAUGCUGUCUUGUCUUUUUUUUUUUUCUUUUUUUUUUUAAUAGUAUCGCCCAUUUCUCAAUAAAUAUACAUGUAACACAUCAAA